UCUUUUCUUUCUUUCUGUCUCUCUCAUCAUCAUCUAACUCCCGAACGAGUCAGUGAAAUCAGAGUUGGCCUUACAGCAGGUUUCUUAAACACACUUACUAUUUUUUGCUCUUUCCUUGUAGCUUUCUGUUGCUACACUGCAACAAACAAAGUCCCACAUCAGAUGGUUUUCCAGGCCAUUAUUUUUUGAACAUUACUUUGAUUAAAUCAUCAAAUGAAGGGCAUGAUGGCCAAUCACAAUGCUAGUGCUAUAAAUGCAACAGAAAAUCCAAAUGCCUUGAGUUGUUUCCCAUCCUCAUCUUCCUCUUCUUCUUCUUCUUCACCUGGUUUUUCAAUGGGGAUGGUUUAUGCAGAUAUGGGCUCCCUCUCCCUUAGUGCCUCCAACUAUGAUCUAGUUUCUUCUCACGAGAGCAGUUAUUACAAUACCUCAAACUCAAACCUCUCUCAUAAUCAUGAAGUGGAAAAUGGUAAUACACCAUAUUUCUGGGGGUUUCCGCCGUCUUUGGGAACCAGAAGCGCCGAGGAACACCACGGCCACCACAACAAUAGUGACUUUCGCGGAGGCGGUAAGGCCUGUUCAGAUAGCAUGAGUGAUGAUGGGACUGAGGAACAUAAUGAGUCUAUGAAUCACAAAAAUGGGCAGUCAAAACUGUGUGCCAGGGGGCAUUGGAGGCCUGCAGAGGAUUCCAAGCUCAAGGAACUUGUUGCUCUUUAUGGUCCUCAGAAUUGGAACCUUAUAGCGGAGAAGCUGGAAGGAAGAUCAGGGAAGAGCUGUAGACUGAGAUGGUUUAACCAGCUGGACCCAAGGAUCAACAGAAGAGCUUUCAGUGAAGAAGAGGAAGAGAGACUAAUGCAGGCUCAUAGAAUAUACGGCAACAAAUGGGCCAUGAUAGCUAGGCUCUUCCCUGGAAGAACCGAUAAUGCUGUGAAGAAUCAUUGGCAUGUUAUAAUGGCCAGGAAGUACAGAGAACAGUCCAGUGCUUAUAGGAGAAGGAAGCUUAGUCAAUCUGUAUACAGAGCUUCAUCAAUGGAGGAAAACAUGAAUUCAGCUCCUCCAGCAGUACCAUACUCAUAUCUCAAUAAUUAUGGGUCAAGUGGUAAUUCACACAACAUGGCCAGUUGGGAAGAAGCAGCAAUAAUCACAAACGAAAAGGUCCCUCCUCCUUUUCAAUUCCUUCCUGGUACAAAUGAUGAAGCAGGUCAGAUAUCAUCUGGUAAUUUCUAUGAUCAUCCACCAUAUAUGAUGAACGUGAUGGCAAUGCGACAGUCAAAUUACUACCAUACCCUUCAGAGUUACUCAGAUUCAACAUCAGCAUCGCCAAGUCUAGUUUCGGCCGGCGGCAAACUCUCAUCUACAUCAUCAGCUGGAGAUCAGGAAAGAAGAGACAUUGCACCGUCCUUCAUUGAUUUUCUUGGGGUUGGAGCUACAUGAAGUUAGACGCCUACCAAAAGCUGAAAAGGGUUUUAAAUUUUUCAUAUAAUCAUGAGAAAGGGUCUCAAUGUGGUUGUGGUCCAAGAAUUGUAAGAAGCCCUUAGAGGUAAAAGAGAGAGGAUUGUUGUUCUUAGUUCAGCUAGCUACUACUACUGACAGUGAAAAAUCUGCAUCAGCCCCUUUAAGUCAUGUCCAACCAUCUUUUUCAAUAUAUGUUACCACUUACCCCCCAAUCCCCCAUGCCAA